CAGUGUUGAGCACAGAGCUCUGCGGACAACACGCUGUACUGCUGUAUUGGACAUAUACCCACAUAUUGUAGGCUACAUGACAAGUGUAUGGAUACAAUACAACUUUACUGAUGGUCAAAUAAGAGGGAGAAUCCAGAGCUGACUUGUUUGUCUCGAACCCCCGGUAUUAAAUUUCACCUGAUAUUGUCAUCUUUACCGUGAUCUUCUGAGGAACAGUCCCCCGACUGAAGCCAUGCCCUGCGUCCAGGCUCAGUAUGGCUCAUCCCCACAGGGCGCCAGUCCUGCGUCUCAGAGCUACAGUUACCAUACCAGCGGAGAAUAUAGCUGCGAUUUUCUUACGCCAGAGUUUGUAAAGUUCAGUAUGGACCUAACCAAUACCGAAAUCACCGCUGCCACGACCUCCCUGCCCAGCUUUAGCACAUUUAUGGACAACUACAACACUAGUUACGACGUGAAGCCGCCCUGUCUUUAUCAGGUGCCCCAUUCUGCAGAACAGUCCUCCAUCAAGGUGGAGGAGGUUCAGAUGCACAGCUACCACCAGCAAAGCCACCUGGGCCCGCAGUCAGAGGAGAUAAUGGCGCACUCCGGGCCCAUGUACUUCAAACCGUCCUCACCUCACGCUCCGGGAACACCGAACUUCCAGGUUCAGCCCAAUCACAUGUGGGAAGAUCCGAGCUCACUGCACAGUUUCCAUCAGAAUUACAUGGCAUCGCACAUGAUAGAUCAGCGCAAGAACCCCGUGUCCAGGUUGUCUCUCUUCUCCUUCAAGCAGUCCCCUCCCGGUACACCUGUAUCCAGCUGUCAGAUGCGCUUUGACGGGCCUCUCCAUGUGUCCAUGGGCCACGACAGUCCUGGAGCGCACCGAGCCUUAGACAGUCAGAGUUUUGGAAUGCCCAAUUCCAUCAGGAAACAAGCCGGCAUCGCUUUCACGCAUUCUCUUCAGCUCGGUCACGGGCAUCAGCUGAUGGACAGUCAGGUGCCUUCACCCCCGUCCAGAGGAUCACCGUCCACCGAGGGUUUGUGCGCGGUGUGUGGGGACAACGCAGCCUGUCAGCACUAUGGAGUCCGAACUUGCGAGGGGUGCAAAGGGUUCUUCAAGCGCACAGUACAGAAGAACGCCAAAUAUGUUUGCUUGGCCAACAAAAACUGUCCUGUGGAUAAACGUCGGAGAAACAGAUGUCAGUACUGUCGGUUUCAGAAGUGCCUGGUAGUCGGGAUGGUAAAAGAAGUUGUUAGGACCGCCAGUUUAAAGGGUCGCAGAGGCCGUUUACCCUCCAAACCUAAAAGUCCGCAAGAGUCUUCUCCACCCUCUCCACCCGUCAGUUUGAUAAGCGCUCUGGUCAGGGCUCAUGUGGACUCCAACCCUUCCAUGAGCAACCUCGACUACACUAGAUUCCAAGCCAACCCGGACUACCAGCUGAGCGGAGACGACACGCAGCACAUCCAGCAGUUCUACGACCUUCUUACCGGAUCCAUGGAGAUCAUCCGCGGAUGGGCAGAGAAGAUCCCCGGGUUCACCGACUUGACCAAACCCGACCAGGACCUUCUGUUCGAGUCCGCUUUUCUGGAGCUCUUUGUUUUGCGUCUGGCUUACAGGUCCAGCCCGAUAGAAGGCAAACUCAUCUUCUGUAAUGGCGUGGUGCUGCACAGGCUGCAGUGCGUCCGUGGAUUUGGUGAAUGGAUUGACUCUAUAGCGGAGUUUUCGUCUAAUCUUCAAAGCAUGACUUUAGAUAUAUCUGCUUUUUCAUGCAUCGCUGCCCUAGCUAUGGUCACAGAGAGACACGGGCUUAAAGAACCGAAGAGAGUGGAGGAACUUCAAAACAAGAUAGUAAACUGUCUGAAAGAUCAAGUGUCCUUUAACGGUGGCGGCUUGAAUCGACCGAACUAUCUGUCCAAACUUUUGGGAAAACUGCCUGAACUUCGGACUCUGUGCACACAGGGUCUGCAGCGCAUCUUCUACCUAAAGCUAGAAGAUCUGGUCCCACCGCCAGCAAUAAUCGACAAACUCUUUCUUGACACUCUGCCAUUUUAAGCCCAGAAACAAUUUCUAACGACCUCAAUGAACUUCCAUAGACUCUCCUUAAAGCGGUGUGUUUUUUUUUCGUACCCACCAUUGCUAAAUGAUGCUCGCUUUUUGAAAACGGAUUUCGGAAUUGAAAAACACGUGGAAAACAUUGCCAUCGAGUUCUUUUCUCCCUUUAUCCCAUGAAGCCAGAUCCAAAAAGACAAAAUUUAAAUAAAAAUAAUCAAGUGAUUUAAUUGUUAUAAAACAAAUUAAUUUAUAUAACAAGACAAUAUCUGUUUGCCUGGUUUUAGACUAUGAAAAAAUCCCACAUUUCCUAUCAUUGUUAACUGCAAACAUUUUUGUUCAUGGACAACUCACAGAGUAGUGUAUUAUAUACGCCAUUUCUAUAUACCUAUACAAUAGAUUUAUGUCAUUUAUAUGAUGUAUAAAGUUGUACAGAGACAUUUUUCUUUUAUAAAUUGUGCCUGUGUAUUUCUGUCAGGUUGAAAAGGACGCGCAUGUUGUAGAGGACUAUUGUCUCUAUUACACACAUUAUAUUCCGGACACUAUGUAGUCUGUUAGAUUUUAUAAAGAUUCGUAGUAUCGGGGCAAUUUUCGAAUAUGGCACAUGUGAAGAAAAUGCUUAUAUCAUCUGUACAGGUAAAAGGGACACUUAGUGUUUGUAAUUUUGUCAGACAUUCCUUCUUUGUAUGUGUUGUAUGUAUUGUUGCUGUUUAAUAUAAACGUUUAUUUAUUUGAACUUUGCCGUAAACCAUGGUGCAGUUGAAAUUUCUGACGCAUCAUCGUCUUGUUUAAUGUCUCAUAUAAUCUAAUUUACCGUCAUCUCCUAUUCUUGUAGGUGUGUGAAGAACAUCACUGCCCUUUUCUAUGGUUUAA